UUUAAAUACAAUUAAACAUUUUUCUGAAAUGUCAAUUUUUCCAGCAUAUUGCGAAAAAAAUGAAAAAGAAAAUAAUGAAGAUUUGAGUCAAUCUGUUUCGAAUCCAAACUGGUUGGAAAAUGAAAGCUUUAAUGUCCAGGAUGAAGUAAAUAAAAUCUUUGAUGCGGAAAAGGCAGAUUCUUCAUCCAGCACGAGCAGCAGUUCCGAUGCUAAUAAACAUGAACUCAUGGAAGAUGAAAAUGAAUUUUACAAAUCAUCAAAAAGUGUAAGAACGAAAAAAAAUACGCCAGUUUAUGAAUUUACAGGUGCUGAAAACUAUUACAUUGACAAAACUCCAUCCAUUGUAAAUAUUAAAAAGCACACAAUAUCUAAAAAAUUUAAACAAAAGAAUUCAAAAAAAUUGCGUUACUUUCAAAAUAAACUACUUUCUGCUAAGAUAGUGCCAAAUCUGCAACUCAAUGAAGACGAAUAUACUACGCGGUUAGCAGAGCUUAAUCGUGCGACUAUUACAGCUCCUGGUGAAAUCCAACACUGGUUGGAAUUGAUUGAACUUCAAGACAGAAAUCCGUAUAAGAUGACGCGGCUCGCAAUUGCAGAAAAGAGAGUGGACAUUAUAAAGCGAGCGCUUGUGUAUUUACCGCGAAACAAUAUUCUAUACAGUGCCUUUGUCAAUGCAAUUUCUGAUUCGUUUCCUUCGUAUGAAGUCUCUGCCAGGUUGGAUAGCCUAAUAGCUAAGGAUUCAACCAAUUACACUUUAUGGUUAGCUCAAAUCCUCUGUACACAAACGUCAAUGGCAAAGUGUAAUGUGCCUGAUGUGUUGAAACUUUACAGAACGGCUAUGUCUAGAAUGCACCAUGCGAAUUUGAAGGCAUCGUCAAAUGAAGUGGUGGUGUCGGAUGAUAUUAUGCUUGCACUGUUCUACAAUUGUGCACUUUUUCUACGCCAAGCAGGUCAUUUUGAGCAAUUAUUUGCCUUGAUAAAACUUUCGCUAGAACUAAAUAUUUCAAUAGACGGACUAAGUGGGCUUGCGCCACUUGACGCUGAUCAUCACACACUUAUUGAGUAUGAAGAAAUGAUAUUAGGAUCUGGGUUGCCUAUGAAUGAAAUUUGGCUGCGUAUCGAGAAGCUUCGGCAGGGCUUCAAUUUUUUACCCUACACGACCAAUGUGAAGUGUUCCGAUCCCGAACGCAUUGUACUAAAUGAAGAUAUUUGCCACUAUGCAUAUCCACUGAAAUCACCUGAAGAAUCAUUUAAGCUGAUGUUAUUAAUAUUUCGUUUACUUAAAUUGCCAUUCAUCGAAACCGAUUCACUUGCAAAACGACUGAGCCUGCAUACAUCGUAUGCAAGUGGAUCUGACGCUAUUGAAGAUGUGUUCAUCACAUUUUUACGUGGUGGAAAUUUUGUUUUAAAGCACGACGAAAUGUUUUUAAACAGUUUGUAUGAAUUGGUUAAGGAAAUGGCUGUUAAUCCGACGUUCGUGUGCACAAGCAUUGGGCAUGAAAUAUACAUACGCUCCAUAACCGAUCUUCUAAAGAAUUGCGCUGCGUUUUACGAUGGUAAAGAUGAGCGAAAGCGCAUUGCCUUGUUGAUGCUGUAUUGCCGCUUUGAGCGCGUUCUGCUCCUCAUACAGAAAGUUAGCAAAAAAUUGACUGCGGAAUAUGUGAAGGCUGGACGUUCCAAAUUUAAAAGUUUACUCAAGCUGCCACAAAACCGCAACGUCAUCAAUUUGUACACCGAACUUGGAAUAUACGAAUUUGAGGCAUUAAAAGAUUCGGAUGAUUUAAGCAAAGUGAAAAGUAUUUUUGAAAAUAUAGCCGCAAAUAAUGAAAACGAAAUUUUCUCCUCCGACUUGUGCCAUUUAUAUGCAACUUAUGCCGAAAUUUUAAUCCAAAGGAAAAUGCUACAAGAAGCAAUUAAAGUGCUAUGCGCCUUUGGGGCAAAUGUGGACACAACGACCAAAGAUACGAUUAGCGAUGCAAAAAAACUGGCGGCGUUGAAAAAUAUACGCGAAAAACUGGAAAUCCUCAUCAAGGUUGAGCAAAAUGUAAAAAUAAUGGUUCUGGAACAAUAUCUACUGCCAGACCACGUGGUGUCCUUAAUUAAAAUGCAUGCAUUGUUGCAGUGGUUGAUGUGCGACAAACCUGGCGCCUUGUCCUUCAUUGAUUCUCUGACUAACUUGUUUUGUGACAGUUCGGAUAGACAUAUUUUUCUACGUGAGCAAAUCCUUCAAGUGAGUAUUGUGCUCACAAAACUGGGCGAUGCCAAUAGCCUGAAUUGCAACAACGCUCUGAAUAAAAAGAUAAGUUUGGGUCUUGAGCAAUUUCCAAGCAACAUGUGGUUAAAACUGCGAUGGGGUGUGGAGAAAACGUCUUGGUGCACGUCAUUAGUUUUGAUCCAAGACGUAACGAAUGUGUAUGGUAUUAUUUUCACCAUCGCAAAGUUCCAUUGUAAAUUUUUAAUGCAAGACUUCCAAAGCACAGAAUUCAUGUACUCCGAUGAAACAAUACGAAUAAUUGAUGAGAAAUACGCUAAAUCAUUAAUCCAAAAUCGUAUAGUGAACAUUUUCAAGAUGUUAGUCGACAGUUCGAGUAAAACUACUGGAAAGGAUACCUGUAAAGCACUGCUGAGCAACUCACUAUUUUGGCGGCUGUAUCUGCGUUGUUUGUCCGAUGAAUAUACUGACUUCGAAAAGCUAAAGGAAUGUUUGUUAACUUCGUUGGAUAAUUGUCCUUGGAGCAAAGUAUUAUAUUUAGAUGGUGGAACUUAUGUACCGCAACAAUUGUCACAUCUGCAAGAUUUAAUUAUCGAGAAGCAACUACGUCUUUAUGCCCUGCCAGAGGAGCUACAUAUUCUACGUCAAGAAUAAUAUUAAAUCUAUUAUAAAUAUUUUUUAAUUUAU